CUAUUAUUUUCCUGAUUUAUUUUUACACAUAUUUAUUGCAAUAAAAACGAAACUACUUUUUUUGUUAAUAUCAACACCAAAAGUUGACAAGACAUGUUCUCUUCUUGAAUUGAAAAUAGUGCUUUGCAUAAUGUGGAGUCGCUGAGCCGUAAUUUAUGAACAGCCGAGCAGUCCAACGAGGUCGGUGCUUGUAUAUAUGCUGCACGUAUGUAGAUUCAACCGCAAGUCAGCUGCAUUUCGUGAGUAGACUAUAUAGAUAUUGUACAGUGGCAGUGCUGAAGUCCACAAGUAACAGUUACCACAGUGCAUUACCAUACACAACAGAACGGCUGUGUGCAGUUAAUUGCAAUCUGAGCGUUUUUAUUUAUUUCUUUAUUUUUAUUUUCAUUUUCCACGUCAUUAUUUCUUUUACUACAUGUACUGUGUCUGUGAUGUACGGUGAAUUAAGAUUUAGGACCGGGGUCUUUUCACCGUCUUUUAAUUAAUAUUGUGACAAUGAAAACAUAAUGACAUGAAAACACCAGUGGAAGUAUGGAAAGCAAAUCCAACACAGAAGAUCAUAUUGCCCCAACUACAGAUGGUUUAUCAGAUUCCCUGGCUGUUUCUUCCUUCAACUGCUACCGUGUAGCUAAGACAGGCUGCAUGGUAUUAAUAUGGGUAAGCAUGGGUUUAUAUUGCCUAGUCCUUGGUCCAACACUAAUUGACCUCAUCCAUCAUCUUCACGUCAACUAUGAAGAACUGUCGCACGCUGCUCUUGUACGAUGCAUCGGUAUAAUAAUUGGUUCAUUUGCUGGAGGAUUUCUCUGUGAUAAGUUCAACCACCAUGUGGACUUUAUAUUGGCAACAGCACUGUUUUUGUUAGCGGGAUCUACAGCAGCAAUUCCAUGGGCUCCUGGGCUGGUAGUGCUGGGGCUGUGCUUUUUUGGGCAGGGGCUAAGUCAUGGGUCACUUAGUGCAGGUGGGAAUGCCAUGGUGAUUGCAAUGUGGGAUGACAAAGCUGCAGCGCCACUUCAAGCCGUCCACAUGGGGUUCGGACUCGGAGCUCUGGGCGCCCCGUUAAUCGCUGGACCAUUUCUUUCCCAUUGUACCAAUAACACAAAUGGUACCUUGCAUCCACAUGAAGGAUAUCUAAGCCCUACUGCGGGGUACCAGAGAUAUGACUCUGAUGUCCAUUGCAGCAGGACACAUAUCCAGUACACAUAUGGGAUUAUCGGGGGAAUUUGUCUUCUCACGUCUGUCAUUUUCUAUGUAUUCUACAUUCAUUCCAGAAUUGUGCAUUUAGACUUGUCGCCACGAAGUCGAGACUGUCGUGAAGAAAAACGUGUCAAGGACAUUGUUAAUCCAGCUUCCUGUGCACAAGGAAAUAAAGUGCUUGGCAUACAGCUUCUGGGCCUGCUUUUCCUGUUUAUGGUUGGGGAUGUCUGCAAAGCAGGCGCAACUAAUAACUACAUGUUCACCAUAGCGGUGAACGAGAUGCAUUUCACAAAACCUACUGCCAUAAUAUUUAAUACUACCUUUUAUGCAACAAUUGCAGUGGGAAGAUUAAUUGGAAUAGUCUUUGCCAAGUUUGUCCGGCUCGACAUUUUGUUAAUAUUGGGAGUUUUAUUGAAUGUUGGGGCCCAGACAGGCAUAUAUUUAUCGUUGAAUUGGAGUUUUGUUUACUUUUGGGUUCUUUCCUGCCUUUACGCUACUGUAGACAGUCCCAUGAUUCCUCUGUGCAUCGCUUGGGCAGACAAAUAUCUAGACGUCACAGGCUGCGUUAUGUCAUUGAUGGACUUUGGGAUAAGUAUGGGUGACCUUACAGGCACCCUGGCCGCAGGUCAUCUCUACGAACAUUACGGUGGUCGAGCAGUGUUGCUAUUGACAACAGGGAGUGCUGGGAUUUGCGUCUUGGUAACGGUAACUAUGCAGUUGAUUGGUUGUAUCAAUGGAAAGAAAGCAUCUAGACAGGAAUCACGAAGUGUUAUAGCUGAGAAUUAUGAACAUGAUGAAAGUGACGAGAGAACGCCUUUGAUCAAUUAGGCUUUAAAAGUACAAAUGAGUUUUGCGCCUUAAAAAAGAAAAAAAAAUUCCUGGCAAUUUUAACGAAAGGUAAACUACCCAGUAUAUCCAAAGCCUUCGUAAAACGCAAUUAAUGGGUGAAGGGUUGAUUGGAAAAUUUGUAUUUAUGUAAUAUAUUUCAGUGCAUAUUGUUGCCUGCUGUUCUAAGAUACAGGAUAUUUUGUUAAAUAUAUAUAUUUUUUUAUCUUUAUUUGUGCUCACAAAGUGAAGACACAAACUUAAUUUUGAAGGCUCAGAGCUGAAAACUGGAUAACUGGCUUUUAUAUAAAAUAACACUAUAUAAUAUAAGGACCAUAUACAAUAGACAAAAUUAAAUUUAAAAUAUACUAGCAGCAUAAGAAGAUUAAAAAAAAAAUCUUAAGAUGAGUGUAGGAGUCAAAUCUUAGGUAUGCUUUUUUUUGUCAGUGGCUUACAUUGUAAUAGCUAAUUGCACUGCCUACACUGGUGUUUGGUUUCCAAAGACAGAACAUUGAGAUCUAGUUUCAGUUUGUUUGUGAUUUUAGUGCAUUUUUGACACUCUGGGUUUCAGUAUUAAGUUAAGACUCGCAUUUAUUAUUAGCCUCUAUUUUCUAUAGCACCCAUAGUUCCAGAGUUCAUGGAUAUUUGGG